AAAAUCCCGCGAAGUCGGUAGGUAAACAACUGUGCGAAGUCUGCCAACUAAGGCAACUUCGAUUUUAGACCGUUUUGAUUGUCAUAACUUUAUAAGGUGUUUGUGUAGAUCAGUUUGUUUGUUGAUAGUAUAUCAUUAUUCGAUGUCUCCUCCCUCAGUAUUGUACUCUAUUUUGUUGCUGGUGUCUGGUUUUUGCAGCUCAGGGAAUCAAAGAAAUCAGAAAUGGCAUCAAACUUUCCAAAUGAAGUGCAGGAAAAUAUUUUCAGACAUAUGGAUGCUGAAAAUUUGAUGCGUGCUAAGAAAGUUUGUCGUCGUUGGAAUGAAAUAAUUUUAAACAUGGAACAGAGGGGAAGUCUGUGGUUGGAGUACUGUCUUGGAGAAAUACCUUCAUACACACUGACAGACAUAACAAAACUGCAAGAGCUGUCCGUCGCUUGUAGGGGAAAUAUUUACCACCAUGUGCUGUCUAAGUUAGGCUGGAUUUUCUGGAAGGAGAUAUUUAAAGAAUACAUCAGAACAAGGCGUAUUAAACUGGAUUUGUACGUCAUUACUAAUGUUAGGUACAGCCCACACUGUGGUCAGGUGACAGCCUUGGCUUUUAAUGAUUUACUUUUAUAUAGUGGUUUUGAAAAUGGUGAUGUUUGUCUGUGGAAGAAUAUAGAUGCUAGCCAAAUAAGUACGAAAGUAACAGACUCGAUUCACUGCCCAGUGCAAGCUAUCUACUGUAACUCAAAGGGAACUACUUGCUCUAAACUUCAAGGAAAGCAUCAAAAGACCGAGUCUUUAAUGGUGGUUUAUAAAGAUAAAGUCAAGCUGUACAGGACUGAGAACAAAUCAGCUGGCUUUGGCCUACAGUGGCAGUGGCAGAAGGAGGUACCUAGGAAAUCCUCUGAAUAUCCCCGUGAAUUCUGCUCCGUUCCUGUUGGUAGUGAUGUUUGGUUUGAAUGGUACUCAGGAGGUUAUGUUUAUUCGGUAUCGGAUCAAACCAAGAAGAAAAGAAUGGAAGAUAAUCGGUCGACUCAGAUAACAGCAGCAGAUUCCAGCAAUAGGAAGGUGGUAUAUGGGACGAGGACUGGAGAUGUUUUUUCCUUCAGUCUAACCGACACCUGUGAAUUUGAGAAGUACCUGUCAGACCUCAGUUACCGGGGAAACGUGGGUUCUAGUGUCAGACAGCUGAUCAGUAAAGGAGAAUAUAUUUUAUGUUUAACAGAUGAUUCAGACAUUUUCGUAUCAGAUGGUUCUUCCAUUUUCCAUAAACUUGAUGUUCAUGGGGUGUUUGGCUGCCAUGUUGAAUGUAUAGCUUGGUAUGCAUCAAUUCUAGUCAUAGGAACAAAAUACGGUGCUGUUCGUGUGUAUCAUGUUCCCGGUGAAAAAGACAUUCUCAGUCUGGAAUUGAACAACUGUACAGUGAUUCAACUGAACUGUGAGCAUGUGAAUGCGCUAGCAAUAGGGGAUGAUGGGAGCCGACCCGUGGUUGCUGUGGCAACAGAUGCUUUAGGGGUCAUCCAUAUUAUUCGUUGGUGAUUGUUACAAUGCUAGCUAGUUUUAUGUAGAUGGCUUUUAUUUUUUUCAGAAAUCUUCAGGUGCUGAUUUAUGAUUUGAAUGUGGUUUUAAUUCCGAUAUCACAGUGAUUUUUUGUUUUAUCUCGAUAUCACAGUGAUUUUUUGUUUUAUCUCGAUAUCACAGGGAUUUUUUGUUUCAUCUCGAUAUCACAGGGAUUUUUUGUUUUAUCUCGAUAUCACAGGGAUUUUUUGUUUCAUCUCGAUAUCACAGGGAGUGUUUGUUUUAUCUCGAUAUCACUGUGAUUUUUUGUUUUAUCUCGAUAUCACAGGGAUUUUUUGUUUCAUCUCGAUAUCACAGGGAUUUUUUGUUUUAUUUUUAUACUUUUAUGCAUAUUUCAGGUAAAUCUGUUUGUUUAACAUAAGAUACUAUGUUACAACUGUAUAUGACUGAUUGAUACGAAACCAUAAAAUACUAUUAAAAAUAUUUAUUAUAAAA